UGUAUAUCAACCAUGUCUCCUGUCAACGACUUCUCUGACCGUCAAAACCCUGAUACUAUUGUUCUCUUUGAUGUUGAUGGUACCUUGACCCCUGCUCGUGCCUUUAUCUCUCAAGAAAUGAAGGAAACUUUGACUUCUCUUCGUAAGAAGGCCGUGAUUGGUUUUGUUGGUGGCUCUGAUAUCAGCAAGCAAUAUGAACAACUUGGUGAAUCAAUCCUUCAAGACUUUGAUUUCUGCUUUGCUGAAAAUGGUCUUACUGCCUACCGUUUAGGUAAGCAAAUGGCUUCUCAGAGCUUCAUUCAAUGGAUUGGUGAUGAAGAGUACAACAAACUUGUCAACUUUAUUUUGCGUUACAUUGCUGACAUGGAUAUUCCCAAGAAGCGUGGUACUUUUAUUGAGUUCCGUAACGGCAUGAUCAACGUUUCUCCUAUUGGUCGUAACUGCUCCAGAGAAGAACGCAAUGAAUUUGAAAAGUACGAUCUUGCCAGAGGUCUCCGUCAAAAGUUUGUUGAAGCUUUAAAGAAAGAAUUCUCUCAUUUGGCAUUGACCUACUCUAUUGGUGGACAAAUCUCAUUUGAUGUCUUUCCUACUGGUUGGGACAAGACCUAUUGUUUGCGCCAUGUCAAGCAAGAUGGUUUCAAGAACAUUCAUUUCUUUGGUGACAAGACCUUUGAAGGUGGUAAUGACUUUGAAAUUUAUAGCCAUCCUGAAGUUCAAGGCCACAGUGUUAAGAGCCCUGAAGACACUAUGCGUAUUCUCGGUGAACUUUUCCCUUAAGUAAAUACAUAUACACACAUAUAUACAAUAUCAACAAUGCACAUAUAUACAUUCUAUACACAUAAUAAAAAAACAAGUGAUGUCAACAUGAUCACAAGACAAUAACAACAAUAAGAAA